CAGUUUCAUAUUCAGAGCGAACAUCAGCAGACAAGCGAACAUAGCCAACUUGAGUUCAUUUUCAUAUAAUAUCCGCGGAACCAGUUUCACAGCAAGUCAGACACAUAGUGUACGCGCUAAAGAGAGGAUAUAAACGUUAAUUGGACGGAUUAUAAGAAACGGAGUUUUUUUUGUCAUUUAAGAAGAAAUUCUAUAAUCUUUUGAAAAAAAGAAAGAAACAAAGAAGAAGAAAGAAGUGAUCAAAAAACAAACAACAAAAAUAUUGCUUUUGAGAAAGUAAUUGAAAAAAAAAACAGAAAAGUGAAAUAAUUUGUAAAAAAGAGAUUUUACAAAUAAAAGAAGUCAAACUAAAUUUGAAAAAAAAUCCAAAAUUAUAUCAAGAACAACUUAAAAAAAUACCACAUAAAAUGGAAAGUGUAGAAAAUAAAGCAGCCACCGGAAAUGGCAACUCUGCCGCCGUUGUGGAGACAAAAGAUACCCAAAAUCUUCUGCCACAUUUGGAGUCAUUGGAACGUAUUAUCAAAUUGCCAGUUGUUGGUGCUGCCUGGGAUAAAUCACAAGAUGUCUAUGGCAAAGUUAAAGGUAAAAAUCGUGUCUUCAAUUGGGCGUUGAGCGCCGCCGAAGACUGUGUUUCCCGGGCCGUCACCACUGCCGCACCCAUUGUCUGUAAGCUGGAUCGUCCCAUCCACUAUGUAGAUCAGACUUUGGUAAAGGGUAUUGAUAAAUUGGAAGUUAAGGCCCCCAUCAUUAAGGAUACACCCCAAGAAAUCUACAAUCAAGCCAAAAACAAGGUUAUUGAUGUUGUCCAGCCUCAUAUCGAUCGUGUGGUGAAAUUCAAAACUGCCGGACAACAAAAAGCUGCCUCCCUGAAGGAUUUGGCCUGGCAAAAGGCCAAUGAGGUCUUGGCCACCCAAUACGGUAGUUUGGCUGUGAAUGGUGUUGACACCACAACCGCCUUGGCCGAACGUCUCUUGGAAUACUAUUUCCCCAAAUCGGAUUCGGAUGUGGAGGAAGAUAAUGAUGUAAAAGAAAUUGCUGUCACACAAAAUGGCCAUAAUGGCAAACAUCCCGAAAAUGACAUCCCAGUUCCCGCAAGCGAGGACCCAGUACUACACACCGUACAGACCGUCGGCCGACUCAAGAACAAGAUAUCCCGUCGCGUCUAUAGAAAUGUCUCCAGACAGAUCCGCAAAGUCCAAAAGGGCAACGUCAACGACUAUCUAAGCUCCCUCAUAGCUGCCCUCAAAUUGCAUCAAUACAUUAACUUCAUUAACUCAUCGAUGGGUACAAAUGUGGAGCAAUCAUCGUUGACUGAAAACUCAACGACGGCGGCGCCGUCCACAUCGUCGUCAGCCAAUGCCAACAACUGUAAGGCCCCAAUGUAAAGUGGUGCUGAAGCAGGGAAAUUAAAAAAAUUAUCUUUUUUUUUGUUUAAUUGCAUUUUAUUUUUUUCUUUCGUCUACCACGAGGAGAAGAACUAACCCAUAAGUCCAUGCCUCCAAACUAACCUACCCUUCGCAACCCAAAAUCUUCCCUCUCCCCCCCCCCCCCCCAAACUAAUCCUUAAGUUUUAUUUAGUUGUAGAUUAUCAAAAAAUCAAAAAAAAAAAAAAUGAAAAGAAAUUAAAAAACAAUUCAACCAAUUGUUUAUUUAGUCGCUAAGCAAAUUAAUGAAUAUCCCCCUCUCUAUCACUCACUCCAAUGUGAGAUCAUUCAAAAAGAAAUCCUGAAAUCAUAAAAUACAUAAACAAAUAGGUGGGGAAUGUUUUCGAUUUAUAUGAAAUUGAUUUAUUUGCAAGUAUUUUGAAUUCCACACUACUCAAAAUCAAUUUUUGCUUCCUAAACAUUCCCUUUGCUUUCUGCCCUCCUAACCUUAAAAUAAAAAAAAAAAAAUAAAAUUUAUUGCCAAUGUAAAUAUUUAUAAACAAACAAAAUAUUGAUUAAACUACAACUGAAAAUUUAUAUUUUUGAAAAAAAGAA